UAAAAUUUAUAAAUUAAUAGAUUUUAGUAGAAAGAAAUAUCGUUAAUAGUCUCAAUUGUGAUUUUUUUUUAAUUUUAGUUUUAAUUUGAUUUGAUUCCAUUGUUUAUUGUUGUAAUCAGAAUGAAUUAUAUCAAGGAUAGGAAGUACGUUUGGAAUGGAAGUGUUCCAAGUUGAAUAUAUUGUUUACCUUAAGUAAUGUUUAAAUUGAAUCGUUUAUAAUGAAAUAUUAAACAAAAUUUAUAUAAAUGAUGGGUUUCUCCUACGAGAAGCGCCCAUUGAAACGACCGCGCCUCGGUCCUCCAGAUGUUUAUCCUCAAGAACCCAAGCAAAAAGAGGACGAAUUGACAACUGUUAAUGUGAAACAUGGGUUUACUACAUCGCUUACAAUAUCUGACGAGCACCAACAUGGAACUGCCCGUAAUUAUAAUAUUACAGCCUCAAAAAUUGGAGCAUUCUUUAAUGCGAUUAUCAACAAAAAAGAAGAAUUAAACACACUGUUAGACACAGGAAGAAAACGAUUACAAAUUAAUCCUAAAGACAAUUUUUGGCCUGCCACCCAACGGUCUAAAACUACUGUUGAAGCUUGGUUUAAGGAUUUAGCUGGAAUUAAACCACUGAAUAUACUAUCAAAAAAAGCACCAAAUUUUAACAAAAAAGAAGAAAUAUUUAUGUUGUUGUGUGAUUAUAAUGUUCCACUUAUUCGUGCUACAUGGUUCAUUAAAUUAAGCUCUGCUUACACAAUUGCCGUAUCCGAAGCAAAAAUUAAAUCAAAACGUCAACUACCUGAUCCUACUUUAGAAUGGACGAGUACGCUAUUAAAAUUUACUAAAGAACAAUUAAUUAAACUUCAGGAUUAUUACCAAAAUGCAUCAAAUUCUAUAAAUUGUUCAAUGCAAUACAUGUCAAUGACCGAAGAACAAAAAAUAUCACUUAAACAAUGGAAUUAUUGUACUAGUUUAAUCAAAUACAUGUAUCAAGAGGGUCUACUAGAACGACAAGAAGUUCUCCAAUGGAUAUUAGAUUUGCUUGAGCGCUAUAAAUCAUCAUCGUCCAGUGAAGACGGACUAUUAAAAGUGUUGUGUCCUUUAGCUUUGCAGUAUUGUUCGGAGUUUUGUCAAUCCGAACUCCUGAGUCGUAAAUUGGUUUACUUCUGUUCGCGAAAAUUAAACACAAUUUGUAAUUCUGUCGUAGAUUCCAACCCCCCUUCGAGUCCAAAUUCUAAAGGCGCCUCUAGUAUUAGUGUCCCCAGUAAUAAUUCUGGAACUAGCAAUGCAGCAACAAUACUUAAUGACAUAAUGUCUUGUGCUCAUCAUAGAGAUAUAAUACUUCCGCUAAGUUGUAUAAUUCAGGUCAUUUCACUGGAAUGCCCUACUUCUCUAGUUUGGAACCACUUGGGUGGUGGAAAACUUCCGUCUGUGUUAAAUGGUUCACCGUUAGAUUAUCUUCCUUGUUCACCAGUUGUGUUACCUAUGCCGCAAAGAACAAACAAUGUUUCAUUAAGGAUAAAACUAAAACAUUUUGAAGAAAUUGUUAAGCAAAGGAGCCAAGCAGCAGAAGGUAGAUGGUGUUUAGAUAAAUUUCACAAAUCUUCUAUUGGUGCAAAAACAAUGAAAAUUUUAACAGUUUUGGAUGCAUUAGACCGUUAUAGUUUUGAACGUAUUGAUCAAAAUAAUUCAUUAGAUACUCUGUAUAAUAAAAUAUUUUCAUUGCCAAGUAUAAAAGAUAGCUCGAACAGUGUGCCGAUCGCUGUUGGAGGAAUUUCAAAAACCAUAGAAAAUGAGUCAUCCAAGGAUAAUAAAGUGGAAUACACCAUAGAACAGGAUCAAAUUAUUGUUAAAGUUUUAUGUGAAUGGGCUUUAAGUAACUUAAGGCACGGUGAACACCGUGGUAUGGCAGUUGCGAAAUUAUUAGAUAAACGACAGGCAGAAAUUACGGGUCGUGAAAGCGAUUCGUCUGUAGAAGUUGCUCCCGGUGGCCCAAAUGAAGAUAAAGAUUCUGUUGUUUCAUCACCAUCCACUCUUCCACUCUUUCAACCACUUUUAAUGAAUUUCCUUGACCAUGAUGCUCCAGUAUUAGAAAACACUAGUGCAAGCCGUACUACAUUCACAAAUUUAGUUAAUUUAUUUACUGAACUUAUACGAAAUGAUGUUUUUUCCCACGAUGCUUAUAUGUGCACGCUCAUAUCAAGAGGAGAUUUACAAUCGACUAAUAAUAUUGGAAUGGCUCAACAUGCAAGCAGUAAUAAACCAGCAGAUACGCCAUCGGGUACUGGUCCAUCUCAAGGGCAAGUUCACAUGGAGGAUGAUAACUUGUUUGAUUUAAAACCCAAUGUUCCAGAGCAUCACAACAGACAUAUGGAUUAUGACGAUAGUAAAAUCGAUGAUGAUCUUGAUAAAUUACUACAACACAUUAAAGAAGAGCAACAAAAUUCAAUGGAUGCACCAGAUUCACCUAAAGUUGAACCAUUUGCCGGUUCGUCGAUCGGUGGAUUAGAUUCGAAUGAUCCUUCAACUAACACCAAUGAAAAUAUGUAUAAAUGUAGACCUUCGCGCCAUCUACUUUAUGCAACCCAUUUUCCAUUACCUCUAGAUGAAGAGACCACAAGUCAUGAUUGUAAUCAAAGACAUGUUCUGUUGUAUGGUUUUGGAAAAAUGAGAGAUGACGCAAGACAUACUGUUAAACGCAUAAGCAAAGAUAUUUGCAAGUUGUUUAGUAAAAAGUUCAGUAUUGAUAUUGCUGAAGGUGGAAAAGUAAAAAAACAUUCUCGUAACGAGUUCAAUUUUGAAGCUACUACUGCACGAGUACAAAAUUUAUCUUAUUUCGAUCAACACGUAGUGACAUGGCAGUGUAGCCUUAAUGUACUUGAAGCUAUCAAUGCAUUUGCUACAGGAAAUUCGAAUUAUCUUCCUGUUCAAGAACACGUAGCGUUUUUAUUUGAUCUUAUGGAAUUAGCGUUAAAUGUAAACACUCUUUUGGAUGUCUGCAUUCAAAUCUUAAUGGAUAUACCUGACGUUGAAGCUCAACUAAUUGCAAAGGGAUCAUCGUUAGUGCGUGUAUACACAACAUCGUUAGUGCUGUACAUUGUUGGAGUUUUACGUAGAUACCAUUGUUGCCUAUUAUUGAAUCAAGAACAGGUUGUUGGUGCUUUUGAAAAUCUUUAUCGUGUAGUCAAACAUGUUUCAAAUCCUGCAGAAUGUCUAAGUGUGGAGCGCUGCGUUCUUUCCCAUCUAUAUGAUUUAUAUUUAUCAGCGGCUCCACUACUUAAAGGUCGUCUCCCUGGAGCAGAAUCCUUCAAUAAUUUAUAUGUAAAAAUAAGACAGACACUUCAUGCAAAUUUACAGCCGUCUACUAUGACCCAAGGAAACUGGAAUUCUAGUUAUAUGAAUGAACUCAUUUCGACAUUCAGAAGAGGCUGUAAAAUUGAUCCGGGCUGGUACAGACAGUUAAACGAAUCGCAAAGCAAUCGUUACAGUCUGGUUUGUAAUGUGAUAAUUGCUGUUGCCACUGAAACGUCAGAUAUAGAACGUCUUAAUGAUUUAGCAAUACUAAGUGCAGAAUUAACAGCUUCUUGUAGUUCAUUAGCUUCAGAAUGGCUUGGUGUUCUCAUGGCUCUAUGUUGUUCUUCUAACAACCCCAUUAUUUUUGGCGAUGUUUUUUCACAUGUUAAAAUGAACGAUAUAGCUGUUCACAAUUCCUUAGCAUUGUUCACAUCUAUUCUUGUUGCACGGCAUUGUUUUUCUUUGGAAGAUUUUGUAGUUCACGUUGCUUUACCUUCUUUACUGACAGUUAGCAAUGAAGGACAUGGUGCUGCUGACACCGAUCCUGAAGCUGAAGCAAGUGCUAGACUAACGUGUCAUUUACUGUUGCGUCUUUUUAAAACCACCGAAGUACCUCAGCCUAGUUUAUAUUCAGUUGGCACGUCGCCCAAUCCGAUACCUAAUACAAGCUCAGGUUGUAGUAUCAAACAGAGCUGUGAUAGACAUCUGUUGGCUGCGGCUCAUAACAACAUCAGAGUUGGUCCUUUGUUAGCCGUACUGAAAGCUAUUAUCGUUGUUGGUGAUGCUACGGCACAACGCCCAAAUCAGUCUGUAAAAAAAUCACCUUCAAGUCAAGUUAGUACUCCUGGUGGCACUAGUAAAAUGUCCGGUGAAUUGUCAAUCAGUCAUAUUUUGGGUACAACCGAUAUAUUAGGAGGCUCAGCUGACCAUUUAUUGAUGGAACUAAGAGGCCUUGGAAAUUCCGACACUCAAACACCGGGUUUGUCUGAAUUAGCGCAAUUUGUAUUAAGAGAAAUAUGUAGUCAAGAAUGGGUAUUAGAACGUUGUCUCCAAAAUCCAGAAGAACUUUGUCACCAAGAUAUGCUUUUAGAUAACAUGCUCUCUUCAAAACAAGCUCAAAGACUUUUGCACAUGAUUUGUUAUCCAGAAACUGCUAGUGGAUCUGACAUUUCUUUGGAUUCAAAGACUAUAAUUACCAAUAUUUUAGAGAAUUCUGAUCAAUGGACGUUAAGAAUGUCUUGGUUGGAAAUGCAACUCAUGUUCAAACAAUUUUCACCCAACUCUCCAGAUUUAAACCAAUGGCUAGAUACUGUGGCCAAAGCUGCCAUUGAAAUGUUCCAAAAUAAUCCAAACUCACAAAACAAAAGUGAAUGUACUAAAAAAACUCAUUCAAUGUGGUUGUUAGCACCUCUUAUUUCAAAAUUACCGAGUGCAGUUCAAGGAAGAGUACUUAAAGUAGCUGGCCAAGUAUUAGAAAGUGGAAAUAUGGUAGGAGUAGGUGGUACUACAUCUGGAAAUGUUACUCCAAUUUCUACUCAUGGAGUGGGCGGAGGAGGCAGUAGCAGUCGGAGCAGUAAUAAAGGCACUCCACCUCAUCCCCGACCUGCUCAAAAUUUAACUCCCGUUGUUCCACCCGCUGCUAUUUUAGCGUACCACCAGCCAUUUUUGUCAUUGGUGCUUAGCUGCUUAAAAGGACAGGAUGAUCAAAGAGAAAGUUUACUGUCAUCGAUACACAAUCAAUUAUCACAAUAUUUGUUAUUAUCCAAGGAGGAGCGCCUUGGUAUUCAAGAAGGUUGCGCCAAUAAUAAAGUGGUAGAUGCAAUGCAAGACUCCCUUGCUUUAAGAUUUAGUCUCGUCGGAGGUAUGUUUGAUACUAUUCAACGAAGCACAGCACUAACAACUGAUUGGGCAGUUCUUCUAGUACAGCUUGUGACAUAUUGUGUGAUAGACUUGACUAAUAAUACAAAACUAUUUAGCACUGUCAUUGAUAUGCUGGCCACAUUAAUACAUUCGACUCUUGUAUCAGAUUCUCAAACAGAAAAAGGAGAAGAAAAUCGAAAACAUUAUCAAAACUUAAUGAAAAAAUUAAAAAAAGAGGUAGGAGAAAAGCAUUCAGCAUCGAUUUCUCAAGUGAGACAACUUCUGCCUUUAGGAAAACAACUGUGUGAAAUUGUGUCUUGUGAACAAAUUGGUACGGAUGGCAAAGGAAAUAAAAUAUCUUCGGGACUAGACACUAAUGAUAAGCAAGGUUUGAAAGUGUGUGAUAAGCAACGUGUAAGCACUUGGGACUUGUUAGAGGGACACAAAAACCCAGCUCCAUUGUCAUGGUCUUGGUUUAGUGCAGUUAGAGUAGAGCGCAAACCAUUAUGGUACGAAGAGAAUCACAGGAUGCUGAAGUUCCACACACAUUCGUUAGUUAAACCGGCAUCAUAUUUUUUGGAACCUUUACCUUUACCGCCUGAAGAUCUUGAACCACCACAGGAAAAACCGUGUCCUUGUGUUUAUUGCAACCAGAUUAAAGGUGUGGGCCCAGGAAUAAAUAUGGGCCCAGGACCAGGAGGACGACCGGAUACUCCAUCUUCUGUACCUGAAUCACCAGGAAGAGGCAUGAAACGAGGUAUGAAAGCUCAAGGCGGCCCACCAAACCAACGUCGUAAGAAACAACAGCAGCCACCAGCGAUGUCACCUCUGAAUCCAAAUACCCAAAUGGGACCGACUCAAAUGCAUCCUCAAAUGCCGGGCCAACAAACGCAGCACAUGGGUUAUGGUAAUCCAAAUGGAGGAAUGUUCCCAAUGCAACAAGGUCCUGGCCCAAGUCCGGUUCCAGGUCCAGCUCCUGUUCCUCAGCAAAAUCCUCAAUGGGCUGGUUAUGGACAACAAACACAGGGCGGAGCUUUUUACUCUCAGCAAGUGCCUCCUACACAAGUUCCAGGUCCUGUAUCUCGAUUUGACAGACCAGUAAAUACUUCUAAACAAGCAUUGAGCCAUAUGUUGCGAAUGCGAAUUCCUACUAAUCAAUACAUGGGUCAAACUGCCCAACAGACCAACAUGAACCCUAAUUUCCAACCUAUGCCUAGACAACAGUUUAUGCGAAGAGGUCAACACAAUGUUCCGAUACAACCUCCACCACAGCAACAGAACACUCCACAAAUGUAUCCACAACAACAACAACAACAGCCAACUCAAAUGUAUUCUAAUAUGCAACCCAGUAUGAAUCAAAACUAUGGUGGUUAUGUAGGGCAGCAAGCCGGAAUGAGACCUCCUUACAUGCAAAACCAAAAUGUCCCAAUGAAUCCAAUGGGUGGUCCCCAGAAUCCGGCACCGCCAUACACUCGUCCAGCUGGGCCAAACCAACAGGCGCAAAACUCACAAUACCAACAGCAAUUGAGCCAACAACGUAUCCGUCACAUAAUGGCCAUGCAACAGCAACAACAACAGCAACAGCAGCAACAACAACAACAACAGCAACAACAACAGCAUCACAUGCAAAGGCAAAUGCAAAAUCCGCAGCAACAACAACAAGGACAUCCUUAUGGUUUACAGCCACCGCCUUACUAAUUUCUUGGUGUUACAAUGUAAAAUACAUAAUAUUUUUUAGAGGUGGUUACGACAAAUGUAUGUAUAAGAAAACAUACUGUGUAUCAAAUGUGACUUAGUAUUUUUUAUUGUUUUUUUUU